AUGGUCAGCUACGAAUACUCGCCGUCCGAGCUCAGCUUCAACCCGGCCACGCAGCAGUCAGACAACAGCGAUGCCGCCCAGAGGCCGGGUUCCAACGGCCGUCGUAGCGGUGUGCGCAACUCGCUGCUGGCUCACACGUCGUCGUCCCUGCCCAACAGCGAGAUGGACGGCGCCGACGAGGUGCCGCCGGUACCGCCGCUGCCAGACCUCCGGGGUCUCUCGAGCAAGAUUGGCGAUCUACACUUCGACCUGCCAGCGAGCGGCACCGUGCACGACCAAGUGACCAAGCCCGCGAAGCGCAACAUCAGCACGCGGAGCAGCGACAGCAGAUACCAGUCGACACUCCGAGGAGAGGAGCCGCCAAUGGACCUGCGGGAUCUCCUGCAGGGCAUCGACAGCCGAGCAGGGGAACACAGCCUAGGGAAUGUGACACGGCCGCCCUACUGA